AUGAGCUGCAACGGCUGCCGCGUCCUGCGCAAGGGGUGCAGCGACGCCUGCGUGCUCCGCCCCAGCAUCGAGUGGAUCCACGGCGCGCAGCCGCAGGCCAACGCCACCGUCUUCGUCGCCAAGUUCUUCGGCCGCGCGGGCCUCGUCGCCUCCCUCGCCGCCGUCCCUCUGCAGCUCCGCCCAGCUCUCUUCCGUUCGCUGCUGUACGAAGCCUGCGGGCGGACCAUCAACCCGGUGAGCGGCGCCAUCGGCCUGAUGUGGACGGGCAACUGGGACCUCUGCCAGGUCGCCGCCGCCGCCGUCCUCCGCGGCGACUCCCUCCGCGCGCUCUCCACCAUCCCCGCCGCCUUCACGGACCGCGACAUGGACGGGCUCUACGGCGACGUCGGCCUCGCCACCGCCUCCUCUUUGUCCUCGCCCGAGAACUCGUCCACCGCGCCGUCCAAGAAGCGCAAGAACGUUAACGGCGGCCUUGCCUUCAACGCCGCCGCCGGCGUCCCCGCGGGCUGCCAGCAGCAGCAGCAGCCGGCGGGGCUGCUGCAGUCGUGCGAGCUCGACCUCUGCCUGACGCCGGCGUUGUCGCCGCUGGGCCGCGGCCUGGUGCGGGGCUGCAGCGGCGGCGGCGGCGGCGGCGCGUCCGACGAGUACUCCGCCAUGACGACGUGCGAGGACCAGCAGCCCGUCACCGGCGGUGAUCAUGCGGAGGCCAGGACCCCAGCGCUGCUGAACCUCUUCAACUGA